AUGCCGCUCCCCUGUCCUGAUGCCGCUCCCCUGUCCUGGUGUCACUCCCCUGCCCUGAUGCCGCUCCCCUGUCCUGGUGUCACUCCCCUGUCCUGGUGUCACUUCCCUACCAGUCCCCUAUCCUGGUGUCACUCCCCUGUCCUGGUGUCAUUCCCCUGCCCUGAUGCCGCUCCCCUGUCCUGGUGUCACUCCCCUACCACUCCCCUGUCCUGGUGUCACUUCCCUGUCACUCCCCUGCCCUGGUGUCACUCCCCUGCCCUGGUGUCUCUCCCCUGCCCUGGUGUCACUCCCCUGCCCUGGUGUCUCUCCCCUGCCCUCGUGUCACUCCCCUGCCCUGGUGUCACUCCCCUGCCCUCGUGUCACUCCCCUGCCCUGGUGUCUCUCCCCUGCCCUGGUGUCACUCCCCUGCCCUGGUGUCUCUCCCCUGCCCUGGUGUCACUCCCCUGCCCUGAUGCCGCUCCCCUGCCCUGGUGUCACUCCCCUGCCCUGAUGCCGCUCCCCUGUCCUGAUGCCGCUCCCCUGUCCUGGUGUCACUCCCCUGCCCUGAUGCCGCUCCCCUGUCCUGGUGUCACUCCCCUGUCCUGGUGUCACUUCCCUACCAGUCCCCUAUCCUGGUGUCACUCCCCUGUCCUGGUGUCAUUCCCCUGCCCUGAUGCCGCUCCCCUGUCCUGGUGUCACUCCCCUACCACUCCCCUGUCCUGGUGUCACUUCCCUGUCACUCCCCUGCCCUGGUGUCACUCCCCUGCCCUGGUGUCUCUCCCCUGCCCUCGUGUCACUCCCCUGCCCUGGUGUCACUCCCCUGCCCUCGUGUCACUCCCCUGCCCUGGUGUCUCUCCCCUGCCCUGGUGUCACUCCCCUGCCCUGGUGUCUCUCCCCUGCCCUGGUGUCACUCCCCUGCCCUGA